AUGCUGCCCUCUCCCCUGAUCCUAGCGAGCCUGGCGCUCCCUGCCGCCGCGCAGCUCAGCACCCUCACAACGCCUUACCUCAACCUCACGGCCCUCACCGCCGCGGACGGCGAAUCGACCCUCGAAUGCUGGCAGCUCGCCAACCCGUUCCGGCAAUCCACCGAGUCGGGCAUCACGGGCUCCCUGCAGCUGUCCCUGGGCGAGUUGGCGAACGCGACGUACAGCGUGAUUCCUGCCCGCUUCGACGGCGGGUUCCAUCACGCCCCUGCUUUCCAAUAUGUCCUCUUCAUCAGCGGGUUGGUGCACAUCAGUCUGUACAGGGGGAGGGACGAGGCGUGGAUCCAGGGCGGCAAGUACGGGCUGAUUGUGGCGGCGGACACGGCGGACCGGACGGCGCAUGGCCACCUCACGAGGUAUCCGGGUGCUGCGGACACUGUGGCCGUGUCUUUGCCUGUUAGGGACAGGGACGGGUUCAAGUACAGUGUUCUUCAUGGGGGUGCGUGCACCCAGGACGAAAUGGUGGGGAUAUAG